CUCUUCUAUCCAAUUAAAUGUCCUCUGCACAACUCAAAGUAAUCCUUCCGUCCAAAAUAUAGUGUAUAGAGAGAUAGUACGUUCAACUCAUGGCAGAUAUCAAUAAUGCAGAUGAUAUAGCCGUCGAUGUUUCUCCGUUAAUCAGAGUCUACAAAGACGGCCGAGUGGAGCGCAUUUGCAACUACCCCUACGUCCCGCCGUCGCCGGAGGACUCUGCUACCGGCGUCUCUUCCAAAGACAUCACCGUUUCCCCCAACAUCUCCGUCCGAGUCUAUCUCCCGAAACUCGCCUCCGCCACCCAAAAACUCCCCAUCCUAGUGUACUACCACGGCGGCGGCUUCUGCGUAGAUUCCGCCUUCUCCUCUAUCUACCACCAUUAUCUAAACAUCCUAGUUUCCCAAGCCAACGUCAUUGCCGUCUCGGUCGAGUACCGUCUCGCUCCGGAGCAUCCUCUCCCGGCAGGCUACGAGGAUUGCUGGGAGGCGCUUCAAUGGGUCGCCUCCCACGCCAGCAACGAUGGCCAACAAGUUCCCCUCAAAGAACCCUGGUUAGUUAACCACGGCGACUUCGAGAAGAUCUUCGUCGGCGGCGAUAGCGCUGGGGGAAACAUCGUUCACAACGUUGCCAUUAGAGCCGGAAAUGAGCCCUUAAACCAGAAGUCAAAACUCUUGGGAGGGAUACUCUCUUUCCCAUACUUCUGGAGUUCAAAUGAGAAGGGCGGUGAGCAAAGCAUACUACAGAAGGUUUGGGAUUUCGUUUAUCCGACGGCGAAGGGAGGGAUUGAUAACCCAAUGAUUUAUCCCAUGGCUGAAAAUGCGCCGAGCUUAGCAGGGCUGCGGUGCUCGAAGCUUCAUGUGUGUGUGGCAGAGAAGGACGAGCUGAGAGAGAUCAGUCUCCGGUAUGUGGAAGCUGUGAAGAAGAGUGGGUGGAAAGGUGAGAUCGAGGUUGUUGACGUUGAAGGAGAAGAACAUUGUUUUCCCAUAAUGAAUCCUGGUACUGAGAAAGCCAAAGAUACCUUCAAGCGUAUUGCUUCUUUCAUCCAGGACUGAAUUUGCUAGUUUCAGUGGUUGGGUCUUAUUAUUAUUAUUGUUAAUGAAUGUCUAAAUCUUUUAUUUUUUUUAAUUUUUUUUUAAUUUUAUGGGCACAAUAAUGAAUGUCUACUUUUCUUCUCCAAUUGAAGACGGUUGCGAAUUUGCUA